AAAGUGCAACGCGAGGUGUGUGUCUCUCCGCCCUCGCCGCCGCGUCAAACCCGAUCCGCCACUUUUCUUCGAGACUUUCGCCAAAAACCGGCCGCGACGCGCACUUGUGAUUAUUUUUUUUUUGUGACGAUGCAGUGAGGAUUAUGUGAUUCUGUUCGGUUUUUUCUCUGUGAUAGAAAAGAUGAGAAAGGAUGAUUUUCGAUCGCUGGUAGACACCUAAAAGCCCACGUCGAUGUUUUCCAGAUCUAUUUCAUUGGCGCACGUGAUGUGGGCAGCAUGGGGUUGGGGGCGGCGUCCUCCCGGCAUUUUAACUCCCCUGCUCUUCGUGCUACGCUGCCUCUCCCAAGCCCUCGCCACCGGUUUCCAUCGUUUCCUAGCCAGGUUUUCAGGCCGAAGACGACUGCUGGAGACGAUCAAUCACAAAUCGCCCCCGCCUUGGACACUCUUAGUCUUAUUAGUAUCUACGUUGUUAAGCAUAGCGGAGGCAUGUUCGUCGCGCACCACACCAAAGCCCAGACCGCCGGCGCCCACAGCACGGCCGAACAUCACAUUCCACACGUACGAGUGUCCGCCGGCGUACGCCGCGUGGUACUGUCUUAACGGUGCCACCUGUUUUACCGUCAAAAUAGGCGAUUCCCUCGUUUACAAUUGCGAAUGUACGGAGGGAUACAUGGGCCCUAGAUGUGAAUACAAAGAUCUGGAUGGUUCCUAUAUGCCGUCCCAGCGGGGCUUCAUGCUCGAAACGGCGAGUAUAGCGGGAGGGGCGGCGAUAGCAGUAUUACUAGUAGUCAUCUUAUGCGUGGUGAUAUACGUUAAUUAUUGGCGAAGGAACAAAUCGACGAGGACUUCGGCCGAUUGCAUCGACGGCUGCGCGAGCGCGCACCGGCCGAACCAGCCGACGUUCGGGACGCGAUGGCGAACGACGACGGCGACGUCAUCCGAUCAGCGCGACGAAACGAAACAGGGACGAGUCGAACUGCACCAAGUUACGACUUUAUUGACUUCGCCUAAUCAGGCGUCGCGAGUGUAAUUUUGUGACUUUAAUUAAAAAGAAAACAAACUGAUUAUUUAAAUUAAAUAAAGUGAUACCGCUUUAAAAGUGUAGACUUUAUUAUUUAAAAAAAAACGAAUUUGUGUAGCACUUGUUAUACGCAGCUUCGCUAUUAACUUAUUUUAUUUUUAUAUACAAGGGGCAGCUUUUCUGCUAUUUAUUGUCAAUUUUUUGACAGCACUGUAUAAAAUGUUAAUACGUAUAACAUUAUUGUGUUUUAUUCCCUUUUUUUUUGUUUUAACCACUCCCACUGUUUCCCUUUUGAGUACCUCGCCCGAGGUAGCAAUAAUCCGCUCACAUUCUCUCCAUAGAACUGUUACAUUCCUCGAUCCUCGCAUUCACACUAGAAAUUUUGCCUUAAAAAACACGAUGAUACAAUUUGUUUGUAAAUAGAAUGUAGAUAUGCGGUAAUAAUAUUUAAUUAAUCUUCCAGUUAGUGCACUGCGACAUAGAUUAAUGAUCCAAGAUGUAAUUAUAUUGAAUACGUGGUUACGUAGUGCGGUUUCGUCCAAACCGACCCGAAACCUCACUACUUAUCUACUAAUUUAAAUAUUUCUAAGCACUUUGUUCCUAACUUAUUAUAGUUAUGUGUAAUUACGUUCUGCAUUACUUUAGUGAAGUCAAGUCUGUGUGUGCCAACUACCAAAAGCGCAAAUAUCGUCCGUCUGACGUCCUCUUUUUAACAAAAUGUAUUUUAAUCAUUUUUCAAAAAAAAAAAAAGGUUUUUAGAAAAAUAUUUGUGUUUUUGGUGAAGGUACUGUUACCUAUGUAGCCAGUUGCGACUUGUUCGCCUUCCCCACUUCUCCCCCACCCAGCAAACCAAAGUCAUGAGAGAGAGAGAUAGAGAGAAUGAGAGAACGUAUUUGUACCGCUUGUAUGUGGCAUGGAAGUAAAAAUCGUUAAGCCAAGUCGUACAGUACCAAAAAAAAGAAACGCUUCUUUUUGAGUAUUAAUUAGCAACUUUCGGUAUAAUUUUUACAAAUUUGGCCUUAAAACAAUUUUUAAUUAUGUUGUCGUAAUUUCAAUGUACAUAGUAUCGAAUUCACAAGUGUUAGAAUAUUUGUUUCUCUAUUGAAUUCCACUUAAGAUUUAAUAUAGAAAACGAUAUUAAAAAAUAAAA